AUGGCUUCUGCCUCCAAAUUCUCCGGCGAUCUACGCCGCCGCGAUUUCUUUCUAAUACUUUCUGUCUUUCUCUCCCAAUGCACCAAUCUAGCGUCCGCCGCCGGAAAGUGGGAGGUCCUGGUGCCCAAUAUCGGAAUAUCCGCCAUGCACAUGCAGCUCCUCCACACCGAUCGCAUCGCCAUGUUUGAUCGAACAGAUUUCGGACCGUCCAACAUAUCCCUGCCGGACGGCAAAUGCCGCCGCGAUCCGAAAGAGCUUAUGCUGAAAACUGACUGCACUGCACAUUCCGUCGAAUACGACGUCUUCUCCAACUCAAUCCGACCACUCAACGUCCUCACCGACGUCUGGUGCUCCUCCGGCGCCGUCGCGCCGGACGGAACCCUAAUCCAAGCCGGAGGAUUCAACGACGGCGAGCGUGCCGUCCGACUGUACAAACCUUGCCGGAGCCAUUCCUGUGAUUGGGAAGAGAUUAACGGCGCCCUGGCGGAGAAACGCUGGUACGCCACCAGUCAAAUUCUGCCGGACGGCCGGCAGAUAAUCGUCGGCGGAAGGCAGACCUUCACCUACGAAUUCCACCCGAAAUCCGGCUCCGGCGACGGUGCGCGUUAUCUCCCGUUUCUAAAACAGACUACAGACUUCCAAAUCGAAAACAAUUUGUAUCCAUAUGUCUUCCUCAACACCGACGGAAAUCUAUUCAUCUACGCUAAUAAUCAAGCGAUACUGUUCGAUUACUGGAAAGAGAAGGUAGUAAGAUCCUACCCGAAAAUUCCGGGCGGGGAUCCGAGAAACUAUCCAAGCACAGGAUCCGCAGUUCUGCUGCCAUUGAAGGACAAUGCAGGUCCCGAGGUCCUGGUCUGCGGCGGCGCACCGACCGGUUCGUUUCUCAAAGUGCGCAAGGGCAAAUUUAUUGGGGCACUCAACACGUGCGGGAGGAUCCGAAUAAACGACUUGAACCCGCAGUGGUACAUAGAAACCAUGCCCAUGGGUCGGGUCAUGAGCGACAUGCUGCUGCUUCCGACCGCCGAUGUGCUUAUACUCAAUGGGGCGGGUUCGGGCACAGCCGGUUGGGAAUUCGGCCGUGACCCGGCAUUGCGCCCGGUUACAUACAAACCCGAUUAUCCAGCCGGGUCGAGGUUUGAGGUCCAUGCCCCGAGCUCCCGGGCCCGGAUGUACCAUUCCUCCGCCGUCCUGCUCCGGGACGGCCGUGUCCUCGUCGGGGGCAGCAAUCCUCACCAGUAUUACAAUUUCACCGGCGUUAUGUUUCCGACGGAUUUGUCUCUCGAGGCAUUCUCGCCGGCGUAUCUCGACCGUUCGUUCGCAUAUCUACGUCCGACGAUAGUGUCCCCUCCGUCGCCGACGGCGGUCCAGCACGGGCGGCGGUUCCCGGUCCGGUUCACAGUCCCUGAGAGAUCGAAAGUGGCGACCGGAGACAUCAUGGUAACAAUGGUUGCCCCCUCAUUUACUACGCACUCUUUUGCGAUGAAUCAACGGCUGCUGAUCCUGACACGUGGCGAAGUCGCAGCCGUUGGAAAGUCCACUUAUGAAGUACCCGUGGUGGCGCCGGGCUCCGCCAAUCUUGCUCCGGCGGGAUUUUAUAUCCUGUUUGUUUCUCACAAGGGCAUCCCGGGUCCGGGUACUUGGAUCCAAAUCAAGUGA